AUGUGGCUGGUUUGGGCUGUGAUGGGCUUAAUCCAACAAGCAGUGACCCCAGAAGAACUCAUAAAUGGAAGGCGUUUGAAUCCUGAAUAUUUAAUGAACAUUAGUCAAAUUAUUCAGUACUGGGGAUACCCGAGUGAAGAGUAUGAAAUCCUGACAGCUGAUGGCUAUUAUCUCAAAGCAAACAGAAUUCCUAAUGGAAUACACAGUCUUGAAAAGACAGGGCCUAAACCAGUUGUAUUACUGGUAUCUGGUUUGUUAGUUGAAGGAAGAUGUUGGGUUAUCAACCUUCCCAGCAAUAGCCUGGGAUUUGUUUUAGCAGAUGCUGGCUAUGACGUUUGGAUAAUAAAUAACAGAGGGACUACAUGGUCUAGGAGACACCAGAACCUAACAACUGACCAAGAAGAAUUUUGGGAUUUCAGCUUUCAUGAAAUGGGAAUUUAUGAUAUUCCUGCAACUAUAAACUUUAUACUGCAAAAGACAAAGCAAGAUAGUUUAUAUUACAUUGGUCAUUCUCAAGGUGCUUCACUGGGCUUCUUGGUGGGAAUGGUAGUAAAUUCUGUUAAUCGUAAAUUGUAUGGGAAAUACUACCGUUUGUAUAUCUUCGAUCUAUUGCCUUUCUCCCUUGAAAUCACUCAGUGCUUUCAUGAAAUGGGAAUUUAUGAUAUUCCGGCAACUAUAAACUUUAUACUGCAGAAGACAAAGCAAGAUAGUUUAUAUUACAUUGGUCACUCCCAAGGUGCUUCACUGG